AUGAAACAAAUCAUUAUUUUAGCUAUUAUUGUAUUACUUGGCAUGGUUGCUUGCAUUCAAGCAGAGUUGACCGAUGUCAAAAAGAUUGAACAUGCUAGAAAGCUUUUGAGGGAUGGUGACCUUCAAGAAGUCCAUGUCAUGGGAAGAAUCAGAAAAACUCAAAAAGAAUAUAAUCCACAUUACUCUUUCCAUCUCGACCCAGAUACCAUUACCUUUUUCGAUAUGGCCAUUGAAGUAUGUGAUGCUACUCUUCAAUACACUGAGGAAUAUCUCGAUGAAGCUUGUGGCCCUUUCCUUCCAGGUUGUUUCUUCUGUCCAUGGACAUCCGUAUUGACCAGAGAAGUCAAACCAUAA